UGUUCGAGGUAUUUUGUUGCUGUGGCUGCGGUCACACUGGUCGUGUUCAUAAAAUAAAAAGGAGAGGGCAAUUUAAGUAACAAUAAUAGAAAUAAACAGCCGACCGACCGAUAACUGAGUCCCAAAAUAAGGCGCACCUAGUAUAGACAAGCAGGCAAACAAGGCGGCUGUGCGGGCGGAGAUCCUUCUUACCGGAGCUGACCUGAACGGAGCGGAGUGGAUUGGAGUGCGGAGCAGUGCAGUGCAGCUGAGCGUGACAAUGGGCGCCUGUGUAUGUCGCAUGAACCCCGACAACGAGACGAUGAGCGUCUCCUCUGCGAGCAUCUCGCGUCCGGCCAGUGCAGGCAUUGCCAUGGGUGCGGCGCGCAAGAACCGACCGCUUUGCCACGAGACUAUCAGGUGGCGGUCCGACGUGCCACUGACCGAGGGUCAGCUGCGGUCCAAGCGGGACGAGUUCUGGGAUACUGCGCCGGCCUUCGACGGUCGCAAGGAGAUCUGGGAUGCGCUACGGGCGGCAACCACCGCGGCCGAGGGUCUUGACUUUCAGAUGGCCCAGGCCAUCCUGGAUGGGGCUAACGUGUCGGUUCCCAAUGGCUACCUUACAGAAUGCUACGAUGAGCUGGGCACCCAGUACAAAGUGCCCAUCUACUGUCUGUCAUAUCCCAUAAAUAUCGUAAAGGAGGAGAACGGGCGCGACUCGCCUGCCGAAUACUCUGAGCCCGUGGAUGGCGGCACCGAUAUCUUCUUGAAGCUGCGCAUAUCAUCGACCAUGACUGAUGUUAAACUACCCGUUUACUCCAAGGACACCGUGGGGCAGUGCAAGAAAAAGCUUCAGGCCGCGGAGGGUGUCGACGCCUGCUGCCAGCGAUGGUUCUACAGCGGAAAACUCCUGGGCGACAAGGUGCCAAUCGACGAGUGCAGCAUACACCAGGGAUAUGUGGUGCAGGUGAUUGUCAACACGGAGCACUACAACCACGACAACAGCACGAGUACAGCGCACGCCAGCUAGCGGCGCAGUCUACUCCCACUAGUCAACAGCAUCAGCAAGGAGCCACAGCAGCAGCCGCAGGAUCAGCAUCAGCAGCAGCAACACGUUUUGGCCAAAGCGGGCAACUUCAUCCGGCGGAGGAGGAUUGUCACAUACUCAGUUCAUGGCACAAGGAACCAUAAGGGGAAUGUACAGAAAAUAGCAGAGCAUCAACGAGUACAACAGCAACAGCAUACUCAUAGCAUUUAUCAAAACAAGCAACAAUUGCAAAUUGUUGCCCUGUCUGCCUUGUUGCUGUUGCUUUUGUUGUGGCUGCUCGCCUUGUUAUGCUUUGUUUAAUAUGUCUAUAUAUAAAAUUUGAAACAAAAGAUCGAAACCGAGUCGCUGAGAAAGGGAAUUCGAAAUGGUGAAUAAGAAUAAGAGUGUGAGAAUGAUAUACAUAAAUCAUACACUUACAUAUAUUUUUUUGAUGAUAAUUACAUGAUAAAACAACUGAUUUAGGCAGUGCAGAAGAUAUAUACAUGUCAACUGUAUAUAAAAGCAGAUAUAUAGCAAAUAGUAACCGAGAUCUUGGCCACUUGUCUUGAAAACUGUAAGUGUGUACAUUUUCAUAAAAACCAACAUAGAAGGCCUCUAUUAACUAAUUGUAAGCAAGUGUUAGAUCAUUUGCCCGAUGUAUAUGUAAUGUAAAAAUAAACGAGAAACGUAGUAUUUGGCCGCAAUGGAAAGCAUGCAACAAACCAUUUUUGAUACUGUACAAAAUGCCAAGCACAAAACUAUGAGAAUGCGAAUCAUAACACACAGAACACACAGAUCGUUAAGCGAAUAACUUGCUCAAAUGUAGUUAACAAGAAAGAAGGGAACACAUCGUGAGGAGGGAGGGCAGUGAAUGCGAGGUGGGGAGUUGGAGAGUUAACCCAAGUACCUUAUAAAUGUAUAUGAUUUAAUUUGCGUUUGGAGUCAAUAACUUAUCUCUGAUGUACAUGAAUUUCUUGUAUAAUUUUUUAAAUAAAUUUGGAUAGUCAAAUGACCGUUUCCAGUGCGCCAGCAUACAGCAUUUACUUCGGCGGUAUGUAAAAUGUGGAUUCCACAUUAAUAACUAUAAUAAUACGAGCACUGAAUUAAUAAGGUCUAAUGUGUUUUACUUCAAACGCUUUCUUUUUUCACGACUUUAAUAUAUUUAAUUUAUAAUUGUUAUAAUAAAUUAGCCAAUUAUUAAGUAAUCCGAUUUUCUUUUGCAUUAUAUAAUCCAAAAUAUGCGUUAUUUAAACAUUUUUCAAUAGCGUACUUUUAAAAUAUCUAUACUUUUCUGUAUUUCUGUAACACACUGUGCGAAAGUGCAAUGCCAAAGUUGAAAUAAAUAUUGAUGGGUGCAGAUGAAACAAUAGAAUACUUAGGUAUUCAGCUGUGCGAAUCGCUUUCAAUGAUUUUAUUGAAACCCAUCAUUAUUUCACUAAUCUUAUGAAAAACUCGUAGUCUAUUUUUAUUCUCGUGCAUCCAUCUUUUGCAGCAAGGUGAGAAACGAGAAGGCAGUAGUAAUAGUCUUAAGAAAAAUAAAGAAAGUACACAUAUUUUUAGUUUAAUUGUGAUUUAACUCUAAGUAAGGAUACCCACCCCUCUGAAACGAUCCACGUUUAGAUUGCUUAUUUUUCCGGCCGUAAGUUGGAACUGCCUGCGGGAAUUCAGCAUAAAGAACAUGUAAUCACUGCGAACAUCCUUCAAAUGUCGCUGCCAAGGACUUCGCCAGAGGGCUUCACCGCACCGCUGGCUGUUCUGAAAAACGAUGUCCGCGAAGUAGCAGAUGAUGAACAGCUCGUAGAGAACUAAGAGCAGGUACUGGCCCAAGGAGACCAUUCGCAUGAAUGAGUUGGCCGCGGUGCUCUUCGUGGAGACGAAGGCUACCAGGCACAUAAGAAAGGUGACUUCGCCAAUCUUCACGAACCAUAUGGGACUGUAGAAACUCUCAAUUUUCUUCAGUGCCGCCACUAUGUAUCGAUGGUGCUGAAUGCACCGCACAAAAGACAGCCUGAAUGCGGAGGAGAAGUCCAUUGAGCUCCCAACUUUUAGAAGUUCUUGCAAAGGUGUCUCCUCCUCCACGGAGUAAGCAUACUGACCUGGCUCGACAUCGGCCGCAGAUUGCUCAGCCUGCAAUUGACUGCAAGAACAGAUUUUAGCCAUUAAAUGAAUUCAAAUAUAUAUUUAAAUUACUUCAGUUCCGUCAUAUUGGCUCCCAUAAGGACAUAGCUGCUGGCUAAUACAUUCUUGAGACUGCAAAAGAGGACAUCGUACUGCCCUGAUAUCAGCACACAAAGCACCAUAUGCAGGCCACUGGAGGAGGCAAAGGAUGCGGCCACUUGGAUCUGUCCCAUCGCCUGGAGAAGGAACACUACCUCAUAGACACCGGGUUGCUGGGAAUUGUGCCGCCAAACUCAGUAUUUCCUGUUCAUAUGUUUGUGUAUGCAUAUUGAGAACUCACUGUAUAGUCAAAGGGAUACCAGCAGGCAAGAGGAAGACUCCUAUCCCGGUAGGCAAUGGGAAGAGCCAGCCAGAAAAUGGUGCCUAUGUAGCAGCAAUACACAUAGGUUUUGAUCCAUAGCUUGGACAUCCGAUAGGAUCCCGCCAUUGUGACGAAACUGAAUCCCACAGCCGAACGUGUCUCGUACUCAUCAUUGAUGUUGGACAGAAUGGUAUUCAACAAACCAGGUCUGAACCUCCGAAAGUAGAGUUUCAUCGCUAUUGUCCACAGAUAAAUAAUGGUUUGUAUCAAACAGUUCACGAAGAAGUCCAAAUCGCCUUGCCCAUAGUUGAUGUAGAUGGUGCAGAUGUACAGGCCAGCUAUGUGUACCGAAACGAAGUAGUUAAAGAGCUCGUAGGUCAAGUCACAGAAUCGCACCAGAACGGCCAGGACUCCAGAUCCAUUCACGUAGUAACCGAAGGGAUACAUGGCCGCUAUACACAUGGUUUGCCUCACGAAUACAAACAGGUCGCGACGCUUGGAGUCGUCCUUAAUCCUUUCUUCCUUGAAUGUGCUCUUCAUUGUGACCAAAAAAUAUUAUUUAGGAGUAACGCUUUUGUCUAACCCUUUUAUGGGUUUUUUCCUUGCCUAAAUGUCUAUAAGCUGUUCAAUUACAUGUUCUCAACUUAGUAAACUUUAAAUUACAUGUUGCAGCAAACAUCGAAAAAAAUAUAUUUUCAUUCUGAUUAUAUGAAUAAAUGAUAAGCUUGGUUGGUAAAACUUCGUUUGAAUAAGAAUACUCCCAAGGAAUUGUUAAUAAUUUAAACGGCCAAGUUUCUGCUUUGAUAUACUGAAUUUUAUUUUACAAAUAAACUAAAUAUACAGACAUACCCAUG